AUGCAUCUAAAUCACCUAAACCUUUCGGAAAUUCCGUUCCAAUCAAUUGAGGAACUUCGGCAAACGCCAAACAUCUUGCAAACCACCGAUCGACAGGUCGCUCACACACAGAGCUAUUGCAAUAAUGAUGUUGGCUUAUACGAAUCGAAGUUUAUGAAUCAUAACAGGGCUAUUGACACAGCUCUCCUACAAUCUGAAGAGCCACUAUCAUGGCACGUCAAUAUGCCUUUUCACCUCGACCUCCUCGACACUGGUUGCAUUGCCACUAGCUUUCCUUGGUCCGGGGAUACCGAUGUUCCUUUGGUACCAGACGAUAGACGAUCUUCUAAGUGCAGUGAACGGUUUGAAGACAAUCGUUCGGAGAUCGCAGAUGUCCUCAACACGAGCCUAUUUAAAGAAGGUACCUUGGGAGUUUUCCCUCCAUGGAUCGCUGUCGCAGGGCAGCUUUUUCGAAGCUCUUCCGACACCACUACAAGGGAUGAAGCUCUUUAUAGUGGAAUAACUGUGGACGAUCUAUGCGAAAUGUUGGAUUUCUCAGACCUUGUCCAAUUUGAACCUGAUAUUCCGCUUGUGACGUCAGAGGCUCAAGACUUGGAGGCCCUUACGUCUCCAGAAUCACAGCGCUCUGAGAUUCCUAGCUCGCCGGUCCCUUUUCUGGAAGAUGCUACAAAAGAUAUUAAGAGAAUCAACUUGACAGAAGAUGGACCUGAUGGAGAGACCACGAACCCCGAGCCAAUCGGCCACUCGUCGAGCGAUGAAUCCAUCGUGUGUCAAAGAACUAUCAUCGAUCUGACUGAGGAGGACUCUGAUGACGAGUCAAUGGAUACCGAACCAAUCAGCCACUCUUCGAGCGACGGGUCCAUCGAGUGUCAAAGAAUGGUCAUCGAUCUAACCCAGGAUGACGAUAAAGAGAAGAUAGCAACCUGGAAUAACGAGAUCUUUGAUGAUAUAGACUAUAAUUACAGGAGUUCUUACGAAAACAGACAAUACUUUAUAGCCUCGGCUAGGGACUUUCCCUACUCAAGGACAAACAGCAACUUCGUCACAACAGCACUCAUAGUGAAUGGGAAAUCCUAUCAGUGGAAUCAUCGCUGCAAGGAGUACAAGAGUGGGAAUUCUUGUGCCAGGCCAAGGCACAAAGAUACGACAAUCGUCAUGAGAGCCGGCGGAAGCAAUAUCCCCAUCGAACUAACCUACAGAGGGUUCAGCAUUUAG